UUUAUUUGAAAAACCCUAAAGCCUAAAACCUCAGAACGUCGUCUCUCUCUCUCCUCAGUCCAGUCCUCGGUCCUCACUCGGCUCUCGCAUUCCACGUCUCACUCCACCAACCGGCGACCUCCAGCAAGUGACUACGUCGACCGCCGCUGAUUACACCACCAGUCCACCACCUACCAUUCUACGAACGCACCACCACCGCACCACCACCGCACCACCGGGCUAAAAAAAAAUGAAGGGCAAAAUCGUAAAGAGAAAGCCUUCCUCCAUGUACAACAACAAGGUGAAGCUGAAGAAGCAUUCAACAAAUCAAGAAUCGUUGAAAAACCAUAAUAAGAGUUCGAAACGGCGACAUGAGGAAAAUAACUUGUUGGAUGCUGAGAUUGAGAGUGAUGUAUCAGAUGAAGGGGAUGAUUUUUUCAAGGAUGAAGACGAUGCUAAGGAAACCGAAGACGAAGACGAUGAAUUGGAGAGAGAAACUGUGGAGGAGCGGCGUCGGAGAUUGGCAUGGGAACUUGUUCAGAAAGUGAGGAAAGGUGAAGAGGAGCAAAGAAAGGAGGAUGAAGAUGAAGGUGAUGAUGAUGAUGAGAGAGGUGGACAUAGAGAUUCUCUUGUUGCUAAGAUUUUGCAGCAGGAACAACUUGAAGAUAGUGGCCGAGCUCGUAGAUUCAUUGCUUCUAAUUUACAAAAGCCAGAAGAUGUAAAAGAACCACAAUUAUUGUUAAAGCAUCGACAGUCCGUGACUGCUGUAGCUCUGUCAGAAGAUGACAAAAGAGGGUUUUCAGCUUCUAAGGAUGGUUGUAUUGUCCAGUGGGAUGUCGAAAUGGGAAAAGCAGAAAAAUACUUCUGGCCGACUGAGGAAGUCUUGAAGUCUCAUAAUAUGAUUGAUCCACAGGGGAAAGCAACUAAGCAUAGUAAGCAUACGCUAGCAUUGGCUGUGAGUUCUGAUGGCCGUUAUUUGGCUACAGGUGGUUUGGAUCGUCAUGUUCAUCUAUGGGAUACUCGUACACGGGAGCACAUUAAGGCUUUUACAGGUCAUAAAGGGCCUGUGUCAUGCUUGGCAUUUAGGCAAGGAUCGGCAGAGAUCUUUUCUGGUUCAUUCGAUCGAACAGUUAAGAUUUGGAAUGCUGAUGACAGGAAAUACAUCACAACUUUGUUUGGUCAUCAAAGUGAGGUGUUAGGUAUUGAUUGCUUGAGAAAAGAACGAGUGUUGACUGUUGGACGUGAUCGAACUAUGCAGUUGUUUAAGGUUCCAGAGGAGACCCAUCUGAUUCAUCGCUCCUCUACUUCGUCUCUUGAAUGCUGUUGUUUUGUUGCUAAUGAUGAAUUCCUAUCUGGAUCUGACGACGGAAGCAUUGAGCUUUGGAGCGCAUUGCGAAAAAAGCCAGUUUCCAUUGUUAGAAAUGCUCAUGUUCUAUCCUCAUUAAAUAAGCAAGCAGUUCUAAAUGAGAGUGGAAGAAUACCUAAUGGUCAUACUGAAAGUAUCGAACUCAAAACAAACAAUCCAUGCUCAACUGCACAGUCCUGGGUAGGCUCUGUUGCUGUAUGCAGAAAUAGUGACCUUGCUGCAUCGGGUGCUGGAAAUGGGUGUGUUCGAUUAUGGGCAAUCAAUAUUGAGAACAAAGGCAUUUUACCCUUAUUUGAUGUUCCUAUGGUGGGAUAUGUGAAUUCGUUAGCUAUUGCAAAAUCUGGCAAGUUUCUGGUUGCUGGAGUUGGGCAGGAACCACGCCUUGGGAGGUGGGAUCGCAUUUCAACAGCUAGAAAUGGGGUUGCUUUGCAAUCCUUCAAGAUUAAUUCAUAGGAAAUUUAGUAUGAAUGUUGUAAAAGCUCUUCAUUUUUUUUUACUAUAUACUCUAAGUUUCCAGGAUGUAAGAGGAAUUUGUAUCUAUGAUUCUGGUGAGGUCAUCUUUUUUUCUUGUGAUUUUUGUUCACUGGUCGAUUGGCCGAAAAUUUUGCAGUGGUAUUACGAUUUCUUAGCUAACUUGUAGCAAUUAUUAUGAAAGUUGGUAGGUUCAUUGCCUUCUUCUUUGUGUUUAA